CUACUUCACUUCUAGUGUGAGCUAGCUAGCUUAAUUCGACAAGCCCUUCCUCAAUUGACCUUAAUUAGCCAGCUCCACUUUUGGUGUCAAAAGAAAAAAAAUAAAAUUCCCCCACCCCACCACUAGAUUCUAAUUUUUCUCAGUCUUGGUGUUUUUUAGGUCAUUAUGACCAUCUCACUGUUUAUGUGCAGAGUAACACAACCCAUAAUAAAUGUUCCUUGCAGUGGGAAAAAACUGAUCGUGAGGCAAAUUGAGAAAGAGAAAGUAGUGGUUGUAAUGGGAGCCACCGGAGCAGGGAAGUCAAGGCUUUCAAUUGACCUAGCAACAUGUUUUCCAUCAGAAAUCAUAAACGCCGACAAAAUCCAAGUCUUCGAAGGUCUAGACAUAGUCACAAACAAAAUCUCCAAGGAAGAGCAACGCGGGGUUCCGCACCACUUACUAGGAACAAUAAAGCCCAACAUGGAUUUCAGCGUCAACGAUUUCUGUGACACGUCAUCAGAGGCCAUUGACUCAAUCACGAGGUGCCAGAAGCUUCCAAUCGUCGUUGGAGGCUCAAACUCGUAUCUGGAGGCCCUCAUGGACGACGACGAUUACAAGUUCCGAUCGCGCUACGAUAUUCUCUGCCUCUGGGUUGACGUGGAAAUGUCCGUGCUUAAGUCCUACGUGGCAGACCGUGUCGACCACAUGUUUUAUAAAGGAAUGGUCGAUGAGCUGAGACCGUUUUAUAGUCCCAACGGGGAUUACUCGCGAGGGGUGAAAAGGGCAAUUGGGGUGCCCGAGUUCCACGAGUAUUUUGGGAGGGAAGAGGUUGCUGACGAGGAGACAAAACAGAGGUUGUUGGAACAAGCGGUUAAGGAAAUCAAACUGAACACGUGCAAGCUAGCGAUGAAGCAGUUGGGGAAGAUUCGUAGGCUCAGGAACGUUAAGAGAUGGCAUAUUCAUCGAUUGGAUGCUACGCCCGUCUUCCGAAUGCGUGGGGAAGAAGCCAACGAUGCUUGGAAGAGGCUGGUGGCAAAGCCUAGUGCUUUGAUCGUUGCUCGCUUUCUCUAUAAUAACAACUCCAAAAAUAAUGCCAACGUUGUUUCUGGUUCUGGACUUAGAGUGCAACCAGCUGCUUCAGAGAGUGUUCUCGCUGCCGCAACUUGCUAGUACUGUUUAACAUGCUUACGCACUCGCAAUCUUUUUGGUUAAAUUAAAACAAUUUACACCACUUAAUUUAUGUGUUUGAUGUGGUAACUUGCUAGUUUUUAAGGUGUCGUUUUGUUCAGCCAAGACUAUUAUUUUUUAGUUUGUGGGGAGGGACUUGUAAUCACUGCGGAUGAAAAGUUUUAUGAAAGUUGUCUGCUACUAAUUCGAUACUAGUAUACUACAAGUCAAGCAUCUGGUCUCCUUCAAUUUUUAUGGGAGUGUAUGUGUAACUGUCAUUUUGACAUGUUA